AUUCAGUAACACAUUGCCACGCCCUUUCACUUCAUAAUAGAAUUUUUAGAAGCCACCAAACUUGACUCACUCUCACAUCCCCAUUCCCAGCCUCCGUUCCGCUCGACAACGGACUUGACCCCAUUUCGUACUCUUCUUCCAAUUCUCUCUCUUCCUGUACAAUGUCCAGGUCGUCGACGGCAUCGGCCAAGUCGACGGCGCCGGCGGCGAUUAGGCCGGAGAGUUACAGGCACAGCCCGGUCCACUACGCCGUGGCGCUGGGCGAUCACGCAACCCUUUCUCGGAUUGUUUCGACUUUGCCCCGACUGGCCGACCCGGCUCAGAUUCACUCCGAGCCUGACUCGCUUGCGCAGGAGAGACUCGCCGACAAGAUCUCUGCCGUCCUCGACCGACGUGACAACCCUCACCGGGAGACUCCGCUCCACCUCGCUGUUCGCCUGAACGAUGUCUUCGCGGCCCGGGCUCUGGCGGCCGCAGGAGCGGACAUUUCGUUGCAGAACGCCACCGGUUGGAACGCCUUGCAGGAAGCUAUGUGCCGGCGGUGCUCCGAAGUCGCGGUGGUGCUCCUCCAGCAUCAGCACCUCGCUGCCUGGUCUAAGUGGCGCCGCCGGUUGCCUCGUCUCAUCGCAGUCCUCCGCAGAAUGAGCGAUUUCUAUAUGGAGAUCUCGUUCCAUUUUGAGAGCUCCAUUGUUCCGUUCGUCGGUAAGAUUGCUCCAUCCGACACGUACAAGAUCUGGAAGCGAGACGGCAAUCUCCGAGCCGACACCUCGCUUGCUGGCUUCGACGGAAUGAAAGUCCAACGCGCCGAUCAGAGCUUCCUCUUUCUGGGCGACGGCGAACCUUCCCUUGACAUUCCUUCUGGUUCGCUGCUAGUACUGAACCGCGACGAGCGGAAAAUCUACGACGCCUUCGAGAAUGCCGGAGCACCACUUACCGACUCUGACAUCGCCGGGUUCUGUGCUCAGACGAGCGUGUACCGCCCCGGUAUGGACGUCACGCAGGCCGAACUCGUCGGAAGAACGAAUUGGAGAAGGCAGGAGAAGACCGAGAGCGUUGGAGAAUGGAAAGCUAGGGUUUACGAAGUCCACAACGUCGUCUUCAGUUACCGAUCUCGCAAAAUCGUAACAGGCGAUUCAGACAUUCCCGGAAGCGAGCAAAUUCUUCCAUUAGAGCUCGACGAGGACGCCGAUGGCUUUCUCGUGGCCGAGAACCCCCAAUUCAGCUUGUCUGACAAUCCCCGGCGCCACAGUAGCUUCGUGCGGGAGGAGAGGGACAUAGUAUUCGUCACAAGGAAGAGCGUCGACAUUCCGUCUAUGGCGGCGCCGGAGCGGCGGCGGCCGCAAUCGUUUGCGGCUCCGCCCGUGGCGCAGCCGCAGACGAAGGAAAAGGAAUUCGUUAAGAGUCUACGGCCUUCAGUUUGGUUAACGGAGCAGUUCCCGUUGAAGACGGAGGAGCUACUGCCUCUACUCGACAUCCUGGCGAACAAAGUCAAGGCGGUUAGGCGGAUGCGGGAGCUGCUGACGACGAAGUUCCCCCCGGGGACUUUUCCGGUGAAGGUGGCGAUUCCGGUGGUGCCGACGGUGAGAGUAGUGAUCACGUUCACGAAAUUCGUUCAGCUCCAACCCGUUGAGCAGUUCUACACGCCGCUGUCAAGUCCCAGGCAUUUGGGUUUUGUGCGAGCCUCCGAAGAGGAGGAAACAGAGAGUCAUUACCCGUCGUGUUCGUCAGCAUCGUCGUCGUCGUCGUCGACGGCGUGGCUGAGGCGGAGCACCAGCCGGCUGAGCUCUGCCACCAAGCAACUGCAGCAGCAACUGCAGCAGCAUUGUCCGGCUGCGCAGCAAUCAGAUCCUUUUGCGAUACCCAGUGGAUACACGUGGAGCAGUUUCGACGAGAAGAAUCGGAAGAUGAAGAAAUCCAAGUCUACGAGGAAAUCUAAAUGAAAGCUGAAGAAAACAACGAGAGGAAGGUAGAAAAUUUGGUCUGCAUGUUAAAUGCACGAGCAGAGGAAUUAGAAUGCGGUUUCUUUGUGAAUAAAAAUCUCCCAAAUCUUCAAUCAAAUUCUCACUGCCAACGAGGAAAAAGUACACGAGAGAGAGAGAGAGAGAGAGAGAGAGAGCGAAGGUUGAGUUAGCUUGGACUUGUGAUUUGAUUCACCUGGUCCAGCAGCCAUGGAACUAGCAUGCAAUUCUCUCUUUCCUCCAUUAUUGAAUCGGUGAAUUUCAAUUCAGACCUAGAAGACAAAUCAUGCUUGGAGGGUUUUGCAGGGAAUCAUCAGUUGGGAAUUCUUGAUUGCUCUUG